UACAGAAUUUAUCCUUUGUUAAACUGGGACAUCAUGGGAAUUUCUUAGAAGUUUGGUCGUUACGCCGGCAAUAUGUUCGAUAUCUUGACUGCAACAUUAUGCCCAAAAUUAUGUAAGCUUAACUUAUCUGACAUUGAUUGUGUCUGCAUGCAUGACGUAAUGCUAAGCGGGGAAGGGGUUUACCUGGAAUGGAGUGAUAGGGAAAGGAGCUAGGGAGAGGAAGAAUCCUCAGGGGACUGGGCUAGCCGCGCAUAGUUUCAUCGCUUUGGCGCUUAACUAGGCGCUUAACAAUCUUACGAUUUUCCGACGAUCAGCGUUUCUGAUGCCCCUUUCAACUACAGUUAUUGGCAGUUUUCGGAAGCCUUCUUACCUACAGAUACCGGACUGGUUCCAGCCAGCGUACGCCGAAAAUUUCCCAAGGGAGUACAAUCGCUUUUUGCAGAGUUUUUCAUCCACCGACAUAGAAGAAUUGUUUAUCAGAGCUAUUCGAGAAGUGAUUGAAAUACAGAGCAAAGCCGGUCUUGAUGUGAUAACAGAUGGGGAAGUGCGGCGUGAAAACUACAUCCAUUACUUUUGUAGAAAGCUGAAUGGCUUUGAUUUCAAAAGUUUAUGUCUGACGUCGAUUCGCGACGACGCUGCAACAAUUCUAUUGCCACAAAUUGUGGGAGAGGUAUCAGCGCAGGAAAAUGAAGGUUGGGUUUGGAAAGAAUGGAAGAGUUCACAGGUUUUAUCCAAACUUCCUGUGAAAAUUACUCUUCCGGGACCCAUGACAAUUGCGCACACAGUCGUCGAUCAAUACUACAAGGAUCAAAAGGUUCUAGGUGCUGUGUUGACAAAAAUUUUAAACAGAGAAAUUAAAGCUCUUGUAUCGGUUGGCUGUAAGGUUAUUCAGGUUGAUGAACCAGUGUUAAUGCGAUUUCCUGAUGAGGCUUUGGAUUAUGGAAUUGAUCAACUUUCAACUUGUUUUGACGGAGUUACAUCUCCUGAUGUAGUCAAGGCUGUUCAUUUGUGUUGCGGUUAUCCAACCUACUUGGAUCAGGAUGACUAUAAGAAGGCAGACAAGGAUGGAUACCUGAGACUGGCUGAUAAACUAGAUGCUGCAGGCUUUGAUGAGAUUUCAAUUGAGGAUGCUCAUAGGCACAAUGAUUUAUCAUUAUUUGAGCAUUUUAAAAAGAGCAAGGUUGUUCUAGGUGUUGUUAAGAUUGCUAGCAGCAAAGUAGAGAGUGUCGAGGAGAUUCGCAGCCGUCUAAAGCAAGUACUGACUGUUUUACCAGCAGAACGAUUGGUUGUUGCUCCAGACUGUGGUUUGGGAUUUCUUCCAACUGAUCUGGCAAAGCAGAAACUUUUUAAUAUGGUACAAGCGGCAAAGUCUUUACCCUAAAAUUUACAGAGUGUUGUGUGGAAAAUCACAGAAGACAUAGCUAGAGUGAUAGCACGUUUAGUGUUUUAAAGUUCACUUUUCUCUUCCUAUCUUUUUAGCCAACCAAAGUAGCUAUUUUUGCAGAGUUUCCUGAAAAGUGUGGCAACAAAUGGGAUUACCCAGAUAUUGUGUAGGUCCUACUGAACAAAGCCAUUUGGCCUGAAAUCUAUAUUAUACAUCUUUCUUUAAGCUUCAAUUUUCUGUCUGUCUUUUCCUGAUUCCUUAAUUGAAGGUCCCAUUAAUCUUUUCGUGGUCCUUUUUAUGGUGUAUGUGAAAUAUAGGCUUCUUUACAAAUUUUGAAAUUUUUAUUGAUAGCAGUGCCAAGAUAAGGGAACACGAGCAAAGGAAACGGAACAAGCAAGUCCGAUAAUUUUUUUUGAUGACACUAAGUGUCCCGUGAGCCUUUGUGUAGGAUAUAUCAAAAGUAAUUCAUAUAGGUCAGUAUAUUUCUCUACGUUACUAAAUAGCAGUCCAGGCUGUUGCUCUGUUAUUUAAUUCGGAAUAUUUGAAUUGCCAGUUUCUCACCAGACACGAUUGUUGGUGGGUGACCUACAUUUAUGUUUCUAUUAAAUUGUAUUACAGGAAAAAUGAUGAAUUUUAUGGUUGUCUGCUUAUCAGUUGGUGGUAUACAGAAAAAGACCUUAAAAAAUCGAAAAGAAAAACUUGUGAGAUUAUAGAACACAAUACAGUAUGAGCCAAAAAAUAUAAAAUUAAAGGAAGUAAAUUUUGUAAUUGUAUCACUAUA